AUGAAGUAAAUACUUGUAAAUAAAGCAUUGUGUGCAAUAUGAAGUGUCCAUCGGUGAAGGAGUGGAUCUCCUUUCUUGAAAUUAUAAUUGCGGUGCUCUGUCUGCUUGCCAUUUCCCUGCUGUCGUGUGUGAUAAACUUCCCGGACGAUAUGAAUAUGUUCUUGUAUCAGUGCUCCUUGGCUACAACAAUGGUGCUCUGCUUGAUCUUUGGCUUCAGUACUUGGUUCUACAGUUCUAACUAUCCGAAAACACGUUUUCAUGUGCGCAUAUUUAUUGUUAUUGUACUAUGGACGAUGUUUGUUUUUGGACUUGUCACCGCGAUCCUAUUUGAUAUGCAAUACUUCGGAAAAUAUAUAUACGGUCAUUUCGAGCGCGAUAUUUUCGAUAAAACGGAUUAUCUGAUCUUGUAUAUUGCUAUGCUGCUUGGCAUCAUUGCACUGGUUUUACUCUUUGUCGUCAAUAUAAUAUUAACUGUAGGCGUUUGUCGAAGAGCUAGAAAGAAUCGUAAAUAAAAUUAGUGCUACCUAUAUGUUGA